AUGGUCAAGUAUGCUAUCGUCACGGGCACGCCUGGUAUUGGCAAGUCGGUGUUUGUCUACUAUGUCAUGUGGAGAUUGAUCAAGCAGCAAAAACGAGUGCUGUUUCUCACUGCAGAACCACCAAUUUAUUUUGAUGGCAAUACGGUGUGGGAGGCAACGCAGUUACCAUAUUCAGGCAAUCGACAAUUCUGGUCGCCCGAUCUGUGGUGUCUUGUGGAUUCCGUGGACCCAACUAGUAUUCAUGGAUUCCCUAUUCUUAAUUGCUCAGUCCUUCUCGCCAGCACACCGCGACGGGAUAGUUUUGGAGAAUUCAAGAAGCUGCCUCCCACUGCAGUUGUUCUGUACAUGCCAUUGUGGACAGAAGAAGAAUUCAGUGCAAUUGCUCCAUUGUAUCCAAAUGCAGAAAAAUGA